UUGUCAUUCAAUUCUGUUUUGUACGUUCGACCGCCAAGACGCGAUUCCUGCCGCUCUGACUUUGUGAUCUUUUGAAAAUAUAAUUGUUUAUAUUGCAUUCAAGUUUUCUGCGUGCUAGCAGUGCUUUUAAUCAAAGAUUUUUCUAUACAAGUGAAAGAUUAACAGUCGAAAACAACCAAUAUGAUUGCCAAUUUUGAUAUUACCGACAACAAAGCCAGCACCAAGGUGUUGAGGACACCAGGCGGCGGUUCAAGUGACAUUUUUGGCUCGGACAUGCCUCAAACUCCACGAACCAUGAAGAAUCGCAUGGCCUCAAAUAUUUUCACGGCCGAGAAAGAUGCCGCUCUGAAGAACAACGUACGACAAGGAGCUCACAGAUUCUAUUUUAUUGGAGAUGCACCACGACGCGGCCAAAAGACUGUGGACUCGUACUCUCGGCUGUUUGGUGAGCCGGCACGUCCGAUAACGCCAGCCAAGAAUCACAUGAAGAGCAGCAUUCCAUUCGGCAAGAAUACGGACUCCGCGCAACAAACUCUUCCCAAUAACAAGGGACUUUAUAAUGGCAAAAGUGGUUCGGUAUCCUCAGCCUCAUCUUCCGUUUCCUCUUCGACUGAGAAUCUGAAAAUCAAUGGAGGCGGCAGAUCAGAAGGCAAUCCCGUCACUGGCGAGGGAUACAAGCCAGGUGCAACAGACUACAUCCAACCAUCGUCGGCGUCGGCUCUGAACGGCAGCAACCAGGUGAUCAACAAGAAUCGUGUACCACCCGGUGGCUAUUCGUCGGGCCUUUGGUAAUUGGUGAAUUGUGGUUAAAACGAACACGCAAUACAACAUUUUCGAUGUCCAACGGAAGAAGUGAGCAGCACACCAGCAAAACAGACGGACAGCCCAGCAAACAAAAUGUUUAACCAACACAGAAACGAACUCUUCGAUCAACAAAUUUUAACGCGAAUUUAGAGCUAGCGUUUUUAUUAUUAAGAAGCAACAAACGGCAGAGCUACAACAACCAUCCAUUCAUCAAUACUCAAUAAUACUAUAAAAACCAAGAUGAUUUUUAUCCGCGAAGAUGAGAUGACUGUCGCUGCGCAAACAACAAAGAACAUCGCGUCAAAUUCUGCUCAAUUGCUCAACGUCAGAUAAUACCAGGCACUCACCUUCACAGUCCAUCGAAAUAAUUGAUUUUAAAUAUCGCUGUAUCCACUAUAUAACUCCUGUUAAUUGAACACAACAACAUGCAAUUUAUUUUUACAUAUACGUAUGUAAUAUAAUCGAUCGAUAUCUAAUCAGUUCUUUUAGAUUUGUGUUUUUUUCAAACAACCCUCAUGCAUAUUGAUAUCGCGAUAUAAUUAUACUAUACCAUAAAGACAUACCCACAAUUAGAGUUACUUACAUCUUUCAAUAUACUACGAUAUUAAUAAAUGCCCUAUGCAGAUCUUUAGGAUACAACCAAAAAAAAAACAAAACAAAAACAAGUAAAAGUAAAACGAACAAAACGCGAUCAUCCAAAUACAUUCAUUUCAACACACUCAAAGUUCAUCAUAUUAAUUCUUUAAUUAACACCACGUUUAUAUUUAUAUAUCAGUACAUGCAAAUACACAUUCACAUCCAUACGAAAACAUAUAUAUAUAUUAUAUACAUAUAUUAAAAAAUGUAGUACGUUCUUUUGUGCACGUGCUAAACAUUAAAAUUAAAUAUAAACUAAAAAUGA